AUGAAUUCGUCUGAAACAGAAAUAUUUUUGCCAGAACAACCAAAUGCAAUAAUUAAUGGAGAUGAAAUCAAAAUCAAUACUGGUUCUGUCAAAAUUAGUUCCAAUACCGAACUCUAUUAUGAAUUACGUUCGCCACCAGUUUUACAAGAAACAUCAAAAGUAAUUAUGAUAAUGGGCGCAUUUGCUACAUUGAAACAUUUUGAUGAACAAGCACAAUUUAUUGUCAAAUAUUUUGCUCAUUCUUCAACACCAGCAGAAAUUUUGACAUAUGAUCAUCGUGGAAUAGGAAAGUCACUAACUACUUCAAAAGUUCGACAAACAUCACGUAUGCUUGCUAAUGAUGCUUUUACUUUAAUUAAUAAAGUAUGGACAGCAAAUGAACCUAUUCAUGUAUAUGGUGCUAGCCUUGGUGGAAUGGUAGCACAAGAAUUGGCUCUACUUUUAAUCGAGUCAAAUCGUUUGAGAUCAUUAUAUCUUGCAGUGACGUCACGUGGUGGUUACAUUCGACCAAUGGCUAUGCUUGGUCCUAGCGCUUGGUCAUUGCUAAUGCCAUUUCUUAUCAAGAAAGAUCAUGAAAGAAUGGUUCGCAAUGUUCUUCUUCCUGCUACAUUUUCGCCUUCUGUUCUCAAAGCCAAUGGUGAACAAUAUGCAACAUUAUGGAUUAAUGACUAUGAUCAAUGGUGGGCUUUUAGUAAUCAAGAUGCUUGUGCUUGUCAGUGUUCGGCAGCUGCUUCACAUUAUUUAUCGAACGACGCAGUACGCUUGAUAUGUGCUGCAAGUGUUCCAAUUACCGUUCAAAUAUCCUUGAAAGACAAAUUGAUCUCACCGAAAAAACAAGAAGAACUAGCAAAAUUACUAAAUGCUAAGACUGUUGUAUUCGACCAGGGUCACUUGGGUGAUGAUGACAUCAAAAAAGAAUUAUUUCGAGCAUUUAUCCAACAUCUUGAAAAUGUGAAUUGA